AUAUCACAAAACCAGCUAAACUGUUCUGUUUCUUCAAUACAACAUCAUCUUCCUUUGUGAGAAACUAGGUACUCAAAAAAGAAAAAGAAAAAUGAAGCUUAUCAUCAGAAGCCUGAGCUUAAUAUGGCUCGUUAUGGCGGUGGCGGUGACGGCACAAGAAGACUCUCCGGCGCCCGUCCUCGACACAUCCGGACAGCCUCUUGAACGCGGUGUGGAAUACUACAUCAAUCCUGCCAUUACGGAUAACGGCGGUCGUUUCACCUUGAUCGCCCGGAACAAUUCCUGCCCGCUUUACGCCGGUCAGGAGAACGUUUCGGGACCGGAAGGCAUCCCUGUAACAUUUGCUCCUUUCGAGGAAGGAGAAAAUGUGGUGAGGGAGACCAAGAACUUCAAGGUCACAUUCUCUGCACUAUCAACCUGUGUUCAAUCGACCGCUUGGAAGGUUGGGGAGCAGGAACCGGAGACGAAAAGGAGAUUAAUCGUCACCGGAAACGACGGAAGCUAUUCGAACUACUUCUACAUCGGCAAAGAGCAGGUGGGAGGCAAUGUGUACAGAAUCGUAUGGUGUCCUGCUGAACUCUGCCCUACUUGCAGGUUUGCUUGUGGAAAUGUGGGUGCUCUGGUUGAGAAUGGGAAGAGGCUAUUGGCAUUGGAUGGUUCUGUGCUCCCUGUUGUUUUUGAAAGGGCUUAAAUAUAUAUAUAUAUAUAUUGAUUCACUACUUAUGUAUUUAUAGCUAUGUACUCCAAUAACAGUAAAUACAUGGACCUAGUAAAUAAGAUUGUUCAUGUGUAUAAUUUUACUGCAUUGUUUAUGUUUUAAAGAGAUGUAAUCGUAUAAGUAAACUUUUUCAUUUAUAAAGAAAUUAUGAAAUUAUAAUAUUAUGCCAUAUUAUAAUACUUUGAUCUC